AUGGAAUUAUCAAAUGAAGAAAAUCUAUCCGAUAUAGAAGAUAUGAUUCGAAAUAUAUCUCAACUACCACGUUUAUUAACGAUAAAACCUUAUGUCGUAUAUUUUAUUCAUCGAGACGCAUCUCCAUCCAUGUUACAUGAAAUAAUUACAGAAGCGAAACAAACAGAAAGAUUUACAAUUGUGCCCAAAUACAAAUCAACUGAAUAUGAUACAAUGUCCAUGCAUAUUGAACUUAUCCAACAAACAGCAACAAUUCUCGUUUCAAUUGAUUAUUCACAUGAGAAAGACAAGAGAACACUACUUUAUGAUACACUUUGCCAGUUUUUCUCCAUUAUCUUUCAUUCAUCCAAUUUAGUUCAGACAUGGGGCGGUAAUCUGAUGCAUAAAUUAAAACCAUUUCUAUCACAUGAACUGUUUACAAUCAAUCAGAUAAACCAAUGUCGAUUAAGUGACAUUCAACAAGAAUUCAAAAUAUGGUAUAAUCAAACAUUUAUCCAUCAAAUAUGUUGUUACCAUUAUCUUCAAUAUGAUGAUAUUGAUGGACCAUUUUGUUCAUGUAUUUAUCGACCGUACAAAUCUGUUUCAGCUCAAUGGUCAUUAUUAAAAGCAGUUGCUUACACAUUUAAUGAGUAUUUAUAUGAUCAUACCUAUGAUAUUACUAAAUGUUUAGCUAUUACUAAACUAGCUGAUGUUAUUGAGCAACAAUGGACUAUUCAACAAGUAGAAGAAUAUAAAAUGAAAUAUCACAUCGCUCAAAAGAGAGCUAUUACCGAUAAAGGGAACGAAACAAAAGAAAAUCGACAAAAAGUUCCCGAGAAUGUAGUUAAAAAACAAAAGAUCAUUCACACAAAUACAACAACACAAACAACAACUAAAAUAGUUCUAGUUCCUGAUCCAAAGGCACCAUCACUAAAUGGAAUUGGAACCGGGCCAAAUUCAUACAAACAGAUUAUUCGAUAA